AUGGCUGAUGAUACUGCCAAAAUGAUGAAGGCUGCUUUGCUGAAAGCUCAGGAAGAUCUUCGUCGCACUCAAUCUGAAACUCAACAGACUAUUGAUAGUCUCAGGAAGGAGCUGGAGUCCGUCAAAAGCAGCAAAACUCCCAAUCCCCGUGGCCAGGGACUGACCCCCCGUAAUCUCAAUCUCGAUGACUCCAGCACCAGCGAAGAUGAAGAUGAGGGAAAUGAGACCAGAUCCGACGAAGAGGAAGAGGAAGCAGAUCCUGCUGCUAAAAAGAUGGCGCAAAUGGAGUCUCAAAAUAAGAAGAUACUCCGCAUGUUGGCGAAGUUGCCUGGAGCACUAACCCCCGUAGCUGAGGAAUCUCCCAUUGGCUAUGCGCAGUCCCCCUUCGUUGAUGAAAUAGCGAGGGCCAGGAUCCCCAAGAAGAUCAAUGUGUCCCAGCCUCACAAGCUGUAUGAUGGAGCUGUAGACCCUUAUGAUCAUGUGGCGCAGUACAAGCAAAAGAUGUGGACCUUAUCCAUUCCUGAGCACCUCCUAGAAGCCACUAUGUGCAAAUCAUUUGGAGCCACCUUAUCCGGACCAGCUCUACAAUGGCUAAUCAGCCUAAAACCAGGUAAUAUCCCAAACUUUGCUGCUUUGAUUAACAAGUUCUAUCUGCAAUUUGCCAGUAGUAGGGUCCUGGAGAAACAUACAGGCGACCUGUACCGGAUUACUCAGAAGUCAAAUGAAGCUGUGAGGCAGUACCUGGAUCGGUUCAACAAGGAGAUGAUCUCAGUCAAAAGCCUCGAUAUUCCUACUGCCAUCGAAGCAUUCAGAAGGGGCCUAACGUAUAAAUCCAGGUUAUAUUAUGAAUUGACCAGGUACCCUUGCAGCACGUUCGAGGAGGUCAGGGCCCGAGCUAUGGCUGAAAUCCGUGUCGAAGAAGACGAGGUGUCCAGCGUAGCCAGCAAGGCUGCAGGUAAAUCUACUGACAAUGAGUACCCGUCUAUUGCUUCCUAUUGCUUUAACGUGGAUGCAGGAGGCGUAGUGAACGCGCUUGAAAAGCUGGGGACAACGGCCAGGUGGCCACGCAAGAGCGGCAGGCCAAAUAGCGAGAAAGACACCAACAAGUGGUGCAGCUACCAUGGCGACCAUGGCCAUCGCACAGAGGACGUGGCCUGGCUGCUUAAGAAAGGCUAUCUGGAGCAUCUCAUGGGAAAGAAAGGUCAGCAAGAGGAUAAAUCCGGUCCUAGCCAACAACAAUCUCGUCCUCCACCUGAGCCUACGCACGAUAAGGUAAUCAAUUCCAUCUUUGGUGGAUCAAAAAUAUGUGGACUAACCUAUUCUGCAGCUAAAAGAUUCGCCCGAGAAGGCUCCAAAGCUGUGCCAAAGCAGUACAGAAGCACAGAGGAGAAGAAGCUCAGAAGCAUGACCAUCAACUUUGACGAGGAGGAUGGAGAUGAAGAAGCUGACCACCAUGAUGGCCUUGUCGUAUCCCUCACCGUCAGCAACUGCCUCAUGAAGAGAGUAUUAAUAGACAACGGUAGCUCAACUAAUAUCAUAUUCAAAAGUGCCCUCGAAAGCAUGGGGCUGUAG